AUGGGUAUGCCAGGUUCAGAAACUGCACUAGAGGAACUUAUGUGUAGAGUUCUGGGAGAUUUAUUGACGGAAGGGGUUGUCACUAAACUCGCUGAUGACUUGUAUUGUGGCGGAAAUACCCCUGAAGAAUUAAUCAACACUUGGCGUCGGUUGUUGACAGCCCUUCGACACAACAACUUAAGACUGUCAGCACACAAAACAAUAAUCACUCCACAAUCAACCACAAUCUUAGGAUGGAAUUGGCAACAAGGCUGUAUUCAGGCUAGUCCUCACCGCAUCGCUACUUUAGCGUCGUGUUCGCCUCCCAACACAGUCUAUGGUUUGCGCUCAUUCAUUGGUGCAUACAAAAUUCUCGCCCGCGUUAUACCCGGCUGUUCGAAGAUCCUUGCCCCUUUUGAUGAUAUUGUCGCAGGUCGUCAGUCAAAAGAUGAAAUAGUUUGGAGCAAUGACCUUCAUGAUGCCUUUUCUCAUGCCCAGACAAUGCUCUCGUCAAACAAAGCAAUCGUUCUCCCAAACCCAAAAGACCAACUUUGGAUUGUUACAGAUGGAGCUGUUAAGGAUCCAGGCAUAGGAGCAACCUUGUAUGUAACUCGCCACAAUCAACCUCGCGUUGCAGGAUUCUUCAGCGCAAAACUCAGACCACGUCAAGUCACAUGGUUACCAUGUGAAAUUGAAGCGCUGUCGAUUGCCGCUGCCACAAAACACUUCAGUCCUUAUAUCAUCCAGUCCAGUCUGAAACCUAUCAUCCUCACUGACAACAAACCUUGCGUCCUUGCUUUUGAGAAGUUAUGCCGUGGCGAAUUUUCAGCAAGUCCUCGGGUUUCAACUUUUCUAUCUACAGUCAGCAGAUUUCAAGCCUCCGUCCGUCAUCUAGCUGGUAAUGCAAAUAUCCCAUCAGACUUUGCUAGCCGAAAUGCUCCAGACUGUCACAAUGAAUCGUGUCAAAUAUGUACUUUCAUCCAAGAAACUGAAAAUUCUGUGGUUCGACACAUUCUCAUAGAUGACAUACUAUCAGGUAAGACUCGGAUACCCUUCACCACAAGAUCAACUUGGCACUCACUACAAGAAGAGUGCAAGGAUUUACGGCGUACCCAUUCUCACCUGAUUCAAGGUACUCGCCCUUCGAAGAAGCUCGCCAACAUCAAAGUUGUUAAACGUUACAUCAAUACGGUAACCAUUGCCAAAGAUGGUCUCCUCGUCGUAAAGCGAACUGAUCCACUAUUCCCCACACGAGAAUGUAUUGUUGUUCCCCGACAAGUUCUAGAAGGUCUCCUCAAUGCUUUACAUAUUCAGUUGAAUCACCCAUCAGCAUUUCAACUAAAGAAGGUAGUUCAAAGAUACUUCUUUGCGCUUGACAUGGAUCGUUCCAUUGACUCUGUAUCCAACAACUGCCAUCAGUGUGCUGCUCUGCGCAAGACUCCAUCUACCAUUGUCGAACAAAGUUCAAGUAAUCCACCUGAGACUGUAGGCAGUCUCUUUGCUGCGGAUAUACUUAAACGAGAACGCCAAGUCAUCAUAGUUGUGAGGGAAUGUGUUACAGCCUUUACAGUCGCCUGUCUGAUUGAUAAUGAACGUAGUGAUGUCAUCCGACAGGCAUUGAUUCGUUUGUGCAUAGAAUUACGCCCUCUUGACGGACCCCCAGCAGUCAUCCGCACAGAUCCUGCUCCAGGCUUUCUCGCGCUGGCAAAUGACAGUUUCCUACACAAACACAGAAUCACUCUUGAAAUCGUACCAAACAAGACAUGUCAAAUUCCACAGUGUACUUCCGGUGACACAGAUAAUGAUGAAGAAACACCCCCAGAUCCUGACGUUGACACAAGUUAUGAUCUUCCUCCGAUUCCAACUGAGAUCGCCUCGCCUCUACCAGACAUAUCUUCACAAUCACUGGACAACAUCCUGGACACAACAACGGAGGACUCGCUACUCCCCUCCAGACCACGACGACGGAUAAAUCUACCAGGUCGAUUUAAGGAUUUUGUGUUGAACUAA